CAACGCGCGCGUUCCCGAGAGGGAUCGGUAGAAAAUGGCGAGUCUGUGCAAGAAGCAGCAAUGCACGAUCGAGAGGCGAGGCGUUCGGCAGGAACUUGACUCGUGGCGGCACAAACUCAUUCAUUGUGUAGGUUUUGAGAGCAUUUUAGAAGGGUUGUUUGGGUCGGGGCUGCUGGAGGAUCUAACGUCAUUUAAAGACUGUGAGCCUGAAGGUGUGUCAGACUGGUCAUUUGAUGAGAACUGCCUGUUCUGCUGCUUAAGACGAGACAAAGUCAAGGAGCACUUAGUUGGCCUGAGCAACCAGGGGUUGGAGAGUGGGGCUAAACCCCUGCUGGUCAAAGACCAGAUUAAGAUCAACAGACUCGAGAAACAAGCUGAGGAAUUCCUCAGUGCAGUCCUCUACAAAAAAGAUGUCCCCAGCUUCUCAGACCUGCACAUUCCAGUAGUGGCUCGGGAGAUAAUGCAGAGGAUGAUCCGCCAGUUUGCUGCCGAAUAUACCUCAAAAAACAGCUCCUCUUCUCAGGACAUCCCCUCUGCCCCCAGCCCUGCUACCCAGCCCCACUCAGAUCAGAGCCUGCCACCUCCCCCCUCGCUGCCCCCUGCUGCCAGCCUUGGUGGUACUGCUACAUCCUCCGUACCCAGCCAGAACCCUGUCCUCUCCAAGCUGCUUAUGGCCGACCAGGACUCGCCUCUCGACCUCACUGUCAAAAAGCUUCCGCCACAGCCUGUAGAACAAGAUGGAGUCCUGGACCUGUCACUCAAAAAGGGAUGGGCCAGAAGCAGCAUGUCAUCGCACCACAGCCCUCACCUUUCCCAGAUGUCCACUCUCAGAGGGCGUUCCCUGAGAGCUGACGGACAGGCCGGGCUGCCUAUGAGGAGCCUGCAGGAUGGGAGGAGGAGGGAGAAUUUCGGCCACUCCGCCGCUUUAAAGCCCACCUCGCCACUCGGUCAUGUGCCGCACAUCAAACAGGAAGUGAACCAGGAUUCCGACACAGAGUUGUCUCCCAACCAGAACUACACCUCCAGACCCUUCGACCACCUCUCUCUCUCUAGGUAUGGUUCUCCGUCCUGGGCCUCCAAGACCCACUUCGGGGCCCUCUUGAAGCUCCGGGCCAACAGCGGAGCCGGGGACCACCUCAAAGACCUACCGAGCCUGCUGGAGGCUGCGGGGCUCUUCAAGUCCCCCUCCUGUGGGAAGGCAAUCCUCCAGGCCCGGAGAGACCAGGGGCUCUCCCUUUCUCACUCCCCGCCCGUCGACCUCAAAAUCCCCCAGGUGCGAGGCCUAGGAGGCCUGGGGGUGGACCUCUCCUGGGGCUCCCUGAGCUCUGAUUCCUACAGCCUCCCUAGCCCCCACUGUGAGAACAGCCUCGGGAAGAGGCUUAGGUCCAUCCUGCCCAAACACGGUCGCCGGGGAAGCAGUGGAGGUCUGGACGGCCCUGGAAGAGAUGGGGAAUACUGGGGUUCAUCUGAUGCAGACCGCCCUGCCUCUGGGGGGCAGUACCCGACCUCUGACCCUGAGGCAGACCUCUGCAACAAGCAGCCGAGGAAGAAGAGGGGAAGAUACCGUCAGUACAACACAGAGCUGCUAGAAGAAGCUAUAGAAGUGGUUAUGGGGGGGAAGAUGAGCGUGUCCAAGGCUCAGACCGUCUAUGGGAUCCCUCACAGCACUCUAGAGUAUAAAGUCAAGGAGCGCCUUGGCACCCUGAAACACCCGCCCAAGAAGAAGCUGAAGCUGAUGAGCCACAUGGAGGAACUGGAGGGUAUGGAGGCCCCAGAGGGCAAAGAGGCUCUGGAUGCGCCCCUGGACCCCCAGGAGUCGCUGUGUGAGGGGAGACCGUCUGUGUCUGUGCCCAGAGAAAAUGGCAGGGAGCUGCUCGGCACAGGCCUCUCACCAGACAAGUGAUUUUAUUAGGAUCUCCAUUUUCUGCUGCCAAGGUACUUGUUGAUGACGCAGUACUUGUUGACGAUGAUGAGAUGUUUUUACCCAGACCAGGUAAUCGUUUGCAUUUGUCAGACAGUGGCAGUGACUGAGUCUAUAUAGUACACAAAUAACCUGUUUUUGUAUGUUGAUUUUAUUCCAAAAGCACUUAUAUUUACUCUGCUCAAUCCUCUGAAUCAAUCUGACCUAUUCAUCUUAGGUCUUUAAUUGUUUUAAAAUAUUUAUAAAGCCUACUAUGUGGCGGCUGUUCAAGUCAAUUGGAAACUAAAGUGUCUCUCUUUUAACUCUCUAGCUUGCCAAUAUCCCUAGACAUUGUUUAAAACACUCCGCAUUUGAAAUAUGUUUUGGUAGUUUUUAUGAUUGUGCUGCCCUUUUAUACAAUAUUUUAACUGUUCAACCUAAAACACUGCUUUAGAUACGGUGCCAAGUUAAUCCUAAGCAGUACCCCAGUUACUACAGCACUUAGACCAGCGGUCUCCAACCCAUGUCCUGGACAAGUACAGGAUGUAGGGGUCUUAUUCUAGCCUUGCACUAAGACACCUGGUUCAAUAUAAACAAGGCCUUGGUAAGUGAUUAGUUGUAUCGUGUGCCAAUGCUGGGCUGAAACAAAAGCCUGCACACCUUUAGCACCCAGGUUGGAGACACCAGAACAUGUAUUUGUUUGGGUCAUUAGCAUGAUGCUCAGCCCUCAACAUGUUAUUGGUUAUGUAGAAUCAAGGCUUGUUUGUUUUAAACUCCCUAUUAAUAUUUAAUAUAAAUAGGGAAUGAUUAUUUAUUAUUUUACUUUGUGAUCUUGAAGUCAAAUGCUUGUGGACAGACUCUCUUUCCCUGUCACUGUUUAGCAAAUGCACACCUGAGAUUGAAUAGACCGAACUGCAGCAAAAAGAAUAUGCGGUUGCAAGGAUGCAUGCAACCAUUGUCUACUACUGAAUAUCUUAAUGUACAUUUUGUAUGUUUGUUUGUUGGGAGAACAGAUUCCCCUGUCCACAAUUUCACCACCUUCUUAGUUACCAACCAAACCUCAGAACUAAACUCUCCAAAAGCAUGCCAGAUUACAACCACUCCGACAUGUCACAUUCUGCGGUUGUAGGAAGAAUGGAACAUUUUGUUACUCGUGUUCACUCGUAGCCUUCACCACAACUCAGGAUAAUGUUUGUGUGGGGUUGCAGUACUUGUCAGAAUGCAUAUCUCGAUCUUUAUCAAAACUGUAUAUACUAUGUUAGAUAUCUAUACACAAACAUACCUCUCUGAUAGAUAUAUAGCUUACUUAUUUCCAUGCCUCUUGUAUCAUCUGAAAAGGGGAAAUCUAGUUUGUACAUCCGCAAACAGACAUUUUUGGGACGUCUUACCAUUGACUGAUUUGUGCACCAACCUUUUUCAGGUGUUCUCACAACCUACCUUUAACCGAUCUCCAUAGAAUUUAUUUACCAUUUGAGCCUUCUGGACAUUCUUUCAAUUUGAAUCUGAGCACAACAAACUUCAGGUAGUCUCGUUACAUCUAGGGAUGACUGUCCCUACUUAAUAGAAGGUAAAGACAAGGGACAGGUGGAAAUGUUCAUUCUUAAACUUUUAUUUUUUAUCUUAACUGUAUUCCAAAAAUGAAUGAUUUUAUUGAUCUUUUCCUGAUCAUAUGUUAGAUUGCAGCUUUUAUAGUACCUUAUUUCAAUGCAGUAAAUUGAUGCGUCUCAAACAGGUUUUCACCAUGUGACACAACACUAAGGAAAUGAUGUGGAGAAGUGUACAAUAUGCAGAAGCAUAGAUGGUCCGUUGCUGUUUCAACAUCAUGAUGCUCUUAGACGACAUCACAUAGUUCCACCGACGCCAUAUUUGUUCCUCCGUGGUAAUACCGACCAAUAACUGUUUAUGGAGAUGUCCGAAUUGUACACCAAGUUUACCUACCUAAUUCUAGAAUCGGAAGUGGAAUCCAGAUGCUCAUCGUAAAUCGAAUGCUUGGGAGCAGCAACAUGACGUCUGGCUGUCAAUUUGUCCAAACUACUCUGAGUAUAUGUAUGCUACUACUCACCCUAUCAACAGUUAUACCUCAGUACAUUCCAGAAUGUUGGAUCAAGCCCCUAUGGUCCUUGUAUCAGGCUUAUAUUACAGUACUUUAUUACUGUCAUCGUACAGGUCUUGGAAAUCUUUAUAGAUAAAGACACAGGAAGAUGUUUUUUUCCUUCUAACUCUUAACCCAGUAAGUUCUUAUGCAGCAUUCUUGAGACUGGGCCAAAAUCCUACCUUGAGAUCCACACACAUUGCCGACAUUCAUGUAAAUCGUAAAUGCCUUGGAUGUAAAUGAGAUAUUUACACAAGCAUUUACACAAGCAUUUACACAAGCAUGUGUUUUAUCAAGUUGUAUUUCGGCCUACAGUGAACACAUAGCUAUAAACUCUUAAUAAAGAGAUUAUUCCUAAAACUUCACUAUCACAUGAAAUGCAGAAAACAAGAACCUUCCUCAGGCAAGGCUGGCCAUACGGUCUCCUCUUCAGGUUUAAAAACAUGAAAGGUUUAAAAAGGACAAUGUAGCAUUUCAGAAUCUCGGUGACAUGUCCUUUAGUCUUGUAGGUGGAUAUAAGGAUGGUGACCGCUAAUUGGUGUGAAUUUAAUUCCUACUUUUAAAUGUACAUUGUAUAUAGAUGGGUGGGUUGUUUAGCAGCAAAAACUGAUGCGUGCGCAACCGUGGAGAAAUACCGGCAGGGUUGUUGACAACAUGGGAACUAUUUCCUCCCCCAAAUCUUUAUUGAAAACAUAAAUAAAUGUGCACAAUGAGCACUUGUCUCUCAAAUACGUUGUUAUAUUUUGGUUAGCUAACUGGCUAGUUUUUGCCAUAUUAGCAUAGACGUGAAGAGUCAAAACAAGACCGAACAAGCUACCUACAACUCCCCACAUGGCAGCUUCUUGUUAUUGUUGCUGUCUGACCAUCCAGAAUCACAACAAACUGACUACUGCCCCAUUGACGCACGUGCAUCGUUUUUGUGACGUCAGCUAACCCAUCUAUAUGCAGAAUCUUUUGAUGACCUUGCAAACUAACUGUGAUCAACAUGAAUAGCCAUAUAUAGUUAACCCACAAGUCCAGGCAUAUGCUUCACAGGAGUUACAAUGGAUUUACAUGUACAUUUUAUUGAAAUUGGUAAUCAGAAAUGAAUCAAAUUGGCAUCUUUUUUUUGUUUUUGAGGGUGAGUCCAUUUAGUAGCGGACGGGCCACAAAGAAAAAAGUCAAGUAAAGGACUUUAAUCAGAGUAAAGUAACAUUUUGAGUUGCCAGGCUUUUCUGGGUUACCAUGGAGCCUUGGUCCUAGGUAAUUGCCUGCCAUUUAAAAAAUACAUUGCCAUUUUAAGUCCAAAUACUGAUCCAAGAUUACACUAUUUGGAGAGAAACAAUUCCAGGUUUAGUUUUUCCAGCUCUGUUUUGUUAUUAGCAUUUUGCAUGCUAUCUGUUCUUGCAUGAUACAAAACAAGUGAGACUCGUGUUAAUACCACGUAUGGAACCUGUGGUGUAUGUCUUUAAUGUUGAAAUAACACAAAUCUACAGUAGCAAAUCUGUUGGUUUCUACUACCUCAUUUCUAGAAAAGGAUUGACCCUUUUCUCAAAUAAAUACAACUUUGAGGCAGUGGUGUACGGAUGUAGCAACAUCCCAUAAACACAAGCCAGGGAUAUGGGCAAAAGCUCUCUUGCAGUCCAGGUUGAUGUGCUUAAAUCUGCUAGAUAUUUGUUGACUUGCUGCUUUAGAUAUAUGCCAUAAUCUUGCUAUUGUUGUCAUCAGUUUAGUGAUAUGCCGCCCAUGGCCUAUCAGGUCCAUUCAGCUACCGAAUAAUUGAUGUUUUGAGAUGACUUGAAAACAACUUGGCAAAGGUUGAAAUGAGCAAGAAUGUUCAUGGAUAAGGCGGUUCUAUGAGACUACUGGGAUUUAAACCCUUUUGUGAAUAAUUCAAGGUUCCGUAAACGUUUUGUGCACCCUGCUUGACUCUAUGUUAAAGGUGAGGAAGUUUUAGAUGUACUGUGGUGAUUGGGUUUUGUAUGUUAGGUAAGUGUUUCUACUGAUGUUGUGUUUUUGAGUAUCUUGUAGCCAUUCUUCCCAAUUAUUUGAUUCGAACCUACACACUUAAUAACACAUAGAUGACACUCAAGAUUUGCAGACCCUUCAAGUCAAUGUGAAGAUUUAUCUUGACAUGAUAGAUGUUGUAGUUCUUUGACUCAUGCCAUAUUUUAGGAGAGAACGAUGCUUCUCCUAACUUAAAUAGCCCUGAAUGUAAACAGUUUAAACACUAAUUCUACCAAACUAUACUCAGACAGAUUUGACAGAUGCAUAUAUAAAACUAGUCGUGUGUGUGUAUACAUACAAAUAAAUAUAUUGCUUAUUGGUACAUAGUAUAGUUAUAUUUAGCUCUUAUCACAGAUUCAGGGAAGUACAGCUGAGAUGUCAAAACUACUUUCUCAUUUUCCAUUCUGUUUUGACUGGAUGUUGACGAGGUUACGUCUAUGGUUUCCAUAGUGAACGCGGUCUUCAAAUAGGCUUUGAUUAAAGACAGUGUGCUGAUGUGUACAUAUAGUAUACUGAAAAGGUGGGGUUUGGGGUUAUUGUAAAUGCUUUGUCUGCUUUUUUUGAGUUUAUUUGAAAGCAAUGGCACUCCUGACUACUGUUCUGUAAUAUUUGAACGUAUAAAACUACUUCUAUUAAUGAAAUUGCUGAUGACAUUUAAACUUAAAUACCUUUUUUAUAUUUAGGAAAAUGUAUGAAGGAAUUAGAUUUUGCAUGAUUGCCGGUGUGUGGAUUGAAGGCAGCACGUGUUGUAUUGUUGGCUAUGUGAAGUGGAAUUGGCGGAAUCCUGUAGCUGAAGGAUUCGUUGAAAACACGGAAGUGUAUGCAAGGCAAAUUAUUGUCACAUAGACAAACUUUGAGACUAGAAUUCUUAGUCAAAUCUGGCCAUGAUCUAUACAGUGGCCUACUUUAAGAUUUGUGUAACUAACUCAUAUAUAUAUAUAUAUAUAUAUACACCAUGUGUUCUUAAUCUUUGCUAAAUCAUUUUUACUCACUCUAUGAAUUCUAAGGUAAAUAACACGGGUGCAUAUAUAUAUAUAUAUAUAUAUAUAUAUAUAUAAGUGUUUGAAAUAUCUGUCCCUUCUGUUGUUGCUGUCAUCGUCUCUUGCUCUAUUUCUGCUUGUCUCCCCCAUCCUUUUUGUUGAGAACACGUGAGAAUUGUCAUUUUCAUAUUCAUAUUAUCGUGGUCAGAUAUUAACUCCCCAAUUUUGAAAGAAAAGUGGAGAGAGACAUGGAAACCCUCAGGGACAAAACACACACCCCUCACUCCUUCAGGUACUGUCUAUACACUUAGGCAUAGCAGGGAUUUGAAGUCCUGUAAACAAAAUCCAACACACCAAAAAUGGGUCAGAUACUAGUUUAGGCUAAACCGUGGCUGUUUCAGUUUAGCUUUUUUUUGUUUCUUAAAAAUGUUUUAUUUUUUAAAUCGCAUGUGGAUUGUUUUUUGGCUUUUUGCACAAUUAUUCUUUGACUUAAGGUGGUCCUGUGUUUGAGCCAAAACAUCCAAUUUUAUCUCUGUGGUUUUUAUUUUUUUAAUCAUUUUAAAACGCAAAGAAUGUCUAUGUAAACUCAGUUCAGGUAAGAUGUUAGCCAAACAUGUUUUUUUAAGCUGCAUUUAUGUCUCCAGCCCACAGUGCCUCAGACACCAUAGUUAUCACACUGCGUUGAUAAUGAACUACUGUUUAACAGAAUACAUUUGGACCUACUCUCUGAGCAUCUGUGGAAAAUGUGAAACAUUGAAGAGAAGAAGAAAAGGCAUUCAAUCAUCCAUUUUGGUCUAAUUUAAAAACUGGUGUAGAUUGACACUGCGUUUAGUCAAACAUCUUCUGAUUAACACAAUUAUUCUAAUGCAAGUGCAAUGUAUAAUUUAUUUAUUUAAAUGAUGUGAUUUGUUGGGAAGAUUUAUUUAGUUGGAUGUUCUCUUUGAGCAAUCAUUUCUAUUCUCUCUCUAAGCCCUUCUGAUUUAGAGCUCUGCUUGGUAGCCUACAUGUUGCUACUUAUCUUUGGGUUGACAGCUCUUACUUUUACAUUAAGACUGUACUAUAUUGAGUCUGUAAUAGCAAGUUAUUCCUUUUCAAACGUUUGAAAGCAGCCCUUUUUAGUCCUAUGCUGUGGUCUAAUUGGGAUGACUUGCAAUGCUGGGACAUUCUACUUCAAACAGAGGACUGAGGGAUUUUUUUUUUAAAUUAUAAAAGAGAAAAUAUUUUAUCUUAUUUCCAGCUUUAGUGUCCUAUAAGCAAUUCGGUUUCUUUUUUUGAAAUACCUAAUUCAGUAGUCAAGACAAAAACAUGAAAUAAAACAUUUGUUUGGUUUAUGUGGUCAGAUGCUCAGAUAGCAGGUACACCUAAAUCUAACUAGACCUCAUUUCAGUACUAGACCUCAUUUCAGUAAUUGCCAUUUACAGUUUGGCAGACUCAAUAGACUUACAUUUUUCUACUGUAAUUGAUGAAUGUUUUUCUUUUUGUACUAUGUUAUUAGAACUUCUUGGCUAUGGUCAAUUGUCUUUCUAGUACAGAGGACUUAAUCAGUAAGUUAAUUUGAUUGCACAUGUACAUUUUCCAAUUUUGAAUGCAAUUUUGAUUUGAUAACUUGACUAAUAAAAUAUGCUAUGUAAUCUUUUAAGUGAAGUGGUUAUGAUCUUGAUUUUAUGUAUGUUGCAUUGAACCUGGGGCACCAAUGAUUAAUUGUCUUUGUGCAUGUGUAAGAAUUUACUCAAUGUAUCCUGUAAGGAAAAAACGCCAUUUUGAAAAAGAUCAGCUGUAACAGGUCAUUCACUGGAUGAAAUAAUCACUUUUCAAAAUCACCUAUUCUUCUAAUAAAUGUUAUUGUGAAAAUAAA